AGGGCGAUUCUGCAGAGCUGCAGGACAGUUUUAUUUUCCACCGAUAUUAAAAGUUUUGUGUGCAGAGAAAAACUGAGAUUUUUUAAUUUCAGCUCGAAGUAUUUUUUUUAGAAAUGAAGUGAUCUGGAUCAAACUGGAUCCAUCAGCAGGUUCAAUUAUAAAUUAUCUGCAGAUUCCGCGUUUCCGGUCUAACAAUCGGUCUGUCAGAAUGAAAACCAGAACCAAACGGAACCACAUCAGCUCCCAGCACGCCGAGCCGGACUGGACCCGGACCGACCUGCAGCCCGUCGGUCGGACUCACCUGGUCGCCUGUCUCUCUCUCUCUCCGGGUCUCUGCUGAACCGGUCCGGGACCCACUGUGAUCAGGGACACGUGGAGAUCCUGAAGUCUCCGUUUCUUCGUCUUUUUUUUUUUUUUUUUUUUUUUUUUACCGGGCUCGAGCAGGAACUGCCGUGUUUUCCUCUGACGUCACGUGAUCGUCACAACCAAUCAGAAGUGGGAGGGUCGGUCACAUGAGUCGGGUGUGUUUCCGGGUCUGGUCUGCAGCAGCAGGGACUCUGCGGGACCAAAAGAGACCAGAGACCGGAUCCGAUCAGGACUGAUCCAUGAUGUUGAUCGGUGACUGACUGCAGAGCGCGAGAUCCGAACACCUGAGUGACGUCAUGUCCAAACAAAGAGGCUCCGCUAAAACUCUGAUCAUCACAGACGAUGAGCAGCUGGAGGCCGACGAGCUGAACCCGUUUUCCUUCAGAGAGUUUCUACGCUGGAAGAACCAGGAUGAGGAUCAGGACCAGGACCAGGAGAAGACACACCUGAAGAGGCUGUUUGAGGUCGGGACCGUGACCUUUGACCCCGAGGUCAGGAGCUGCUUCUACUCUGAGCCCUCUGUGACAUCACAGGAGGAGGAAGACGAAUGGGGGCGGAGCUUCCAGUCAGGAGUGGACAGCACCUCCUCCCUCUGCACCGAGGAGGAGGAAGAGGAUGAAGAGGAGGAGGAGACCAGGUUCUCCUCAAAACCUGAAGUACAGCAGGGAGCAGCAGGUGAAGCAGCAGCAGCAGGAGGAGGAGCAGCAGGAGGAGCAGCAGGAGGAGGAGGAGCAGCAGCAGGAGGAGCAGCAGCAGGAGGAACAGGAGGAGAGAACUAUGAAGGAGACGAUGAAACGUCCCUAGCGGAGCCGGUCAGCUCCUGCAGGAGGAAGAGCAGCAGGAGUCAAAUGCAGCAGCUGCAGCAGGAGAACCAGUCUCUCAGGAGGUCUCUCAGGGAUCUUCAGAGGAAAUCAGCAGCCAAUGAGAACAGGGUGGCGGAGCUGUGGGAGGAGCUACAGCAGAGGAGGCGUCAGGAGGAGAAGGAGGCGCAGGACCUGGAGAGCAUGGUCCACUCAGUGGAGACGAACCUGCAGCUGAUGACGAAGCGAGCAGUGAGAGCAGAGGGGUGUGUCUCCAGAUUGAAGGCGGAGCUUCAGCAGCUGCAGCUGGAGGCGGAGUCUCUGCGAUCGGAGAACGGCAGUCUGAAGGCAGCAGAGUCUGAGGUCGUCAUGACGAUGAGACACAACGCUCAGAUGGCGUCUGAGUACCUGAACAAGACGGCGAGCCACGCCCACUCCUCCCUCCGCCAGCUGUUGGGGGACGCGGAGACACUCUGUCUCGUGUCUCAGCUGCUUCAGUCCAUCGAUAAGAUUUCCAGUCUGGACUCAGAGUCCUGAGGAUGGACAGAGGAUGGUGUGGUUGUCAUGGAAACAGUCCUGACAGAAUAAAACGGUUAAGUCACGUGAGGUCACGGUCAGGCGCUUUAUUUUGAAAGUGAAGAUGACAUCACAGCAGCUGGACAGAUCCUGGCUGCCGAUUGGUCGGUUUGUUGGACAUCAGACUGAAGACACAAGUUUAUUUUUAAUUGAAAAUUUUAAUAAUACCGUAAUUGAAUCAGCAUUUUAUUCACAGUUAGCUUAGCUUAGCAUAAAGACGGAGAAUAUGUUUCAUCUGAACAAAAAACUGACGUAAAAAUAAACAUUUGAAGUUCCAUUAUUAUAUUUAGUUUAUGAUUUUAUUUAGGGACCAGAGUUAUUGUUUAACAGUCAGCUAAUGUGUAUUGAUAACUGUUUGUGCCAAAUAAUGUUCAUGAAGAGAAAUAUUUUAUUCUUCUGUUUCUGAUAAAUAAACAAUAAAUGUAUACUCUU